UUUCAUACACUUGACACAGUGACUUGAGGGGGAGACUGAAACAGUGGAGGCAGCAACAGCAGUGUGCAGCAGUGGAGGCAGUCGAAAAAGCACAUUGAGAGCAGGGAUUCAUUCAUACCAGAACUCAGGACAUUUUGUAGGAACAACUUUCCGGCAUCACGUUUUACCUCCCCUCUCAAGAUGACGACUCCUCAGUAUGACCUGUCAAACACGCUCCCUCCCCACACACUGACCCGGCUGGCACGGGAGUGGCUGGCAGAGGACACACCAAACUUUGACCCUGCAGGGCUGUGUGUGGGGUCACAUGAGGUCGAGGCCAGGUUGUUGUGUAAAACGCCGUGCAGCAUGCUGGUAGGCAGGCCUUUCUUCACUGCUGUCUUCACUGAGCUCAGCUGCACUGUGGAAUGGGCACACAAAGAGGGAGCACAGCUCGGUCCAAAUGCGGUGACCCAGACUGCUGUGGUCAGAGGCCCAGCAAGGUGUAUCCUCCUCGGGGAGAGACCGGCCCUCAACUGCCUGGCCCGGGCCUCGGGGAUAGCCACCCACUGCUCCCAGCUACAGAGCAUCGCCAGGGAGGCAGGCUGGCAUGGCCAUGUGGCUGGCACGCGUAAAACCACCCCUGGGUUCCGGCUGGUGGAGAAGUAUGCCAUGCUGGUGGGCAGCGUGUCCAUACACAGACAGGACCUGAGUGGGAUGGUGAUGCUGAAAGACAAUCAUAUAUGGGCUUCAGGGAGUAUCACACAGGCGGUGAGGGACGCCCGCUCGGUGUGUGGCUUCAGCAGUAAGAUUGAGGUGGAGUGCGGCAGCCGGGAGGAGGGCAGUGAGGCAGCCACGGCAGGCGCCGACAUCGUCAUGCUGGACAACUUUAAGCCACAGGAACUCCAUGCGGCAGCCAAGCUUCUGAAGGAGGAGUUCCCUUCUGUGCUAAUCGAGGCCAGUGGAGGGGUGACCCCAGACUCUCUGCCCCAGUAUCUCUCCCCCCAUGUGGACAUCAUCUCUCUGGGCUGCAUCACCCAGGGCUGCCCAGUGGUAGACUUCUCCCUCAAGGUUCAAAAGCCUGUUCCCUUUCCAAUUAUUUUCCAAUCAAAGUAACUGUGGCAAUUCAGGAUUUUUGUUAAUAAAGUAAAAAUAAAAAGCAACGGUCAAUUUCCUCACUUUUCAUCCAGGAGAUGAUCAAGAGAAAAUAAAAUCCAUUAUGACAUUGA